AUGGCAAGCAAAGAAGAUGGCAGCAUGGCGGAAGACGUCAAUGGCAAGUUGGAUCCAUCAUGGGAUCUUGCAGCGGAUAUGAUGGAGAGCGAUGGUGGUGAUGGUGCGGAAGAAGUUGCUAUGAAUGGCCCGACUCUUUCCGCCGAGACGGAGAGUAAUGGUGUGGCAGCGAAGAAGCAUGGUGCUGUGCCGAUUCACCCUGAUACAUAUACAAGCACACCACAAAAUCUAUUGGAAGCCAACAAGAAGCUAGUGGCAUACCCAGCUUCUAGACCAAUGGCGAAAAAGAAAGGAUCAUCAGGCCAUGAUGAACGGCAGCCCAACCAAAGACGGACCCCAGUGGAUGCUGUGGAUACACAAGCAGCACCGAGAGGACAGAGCAUCCCACUGGUUGCAAGGGGGAGAACCAAGCUGGGCAAACUCAAAACCUCCAGGACCAAAGCACCCUCCGAAAAUGUAGCUUCUGCUAGACGGGAACCUGCUAUUCCAUUGGAACCACAGGAUGAUUUGGAGAGAAACCCAAACGCUACUAGUCCUACUGCCACAGCCACUACUACUAAUCCAAUGCCAGUUCCAUCCAACAACAACUUGUUGGUGGUGGCCAAUCCAGUCGCUGAUUUACCCCGAGCAGAGCACUAUGAUGUGACGAGGGAAAAUCAGCGAAAAGAGGAACGAAACAGGCAACGAAAAUGGCAAACCAUUGUCAAGGUUCAGGCAGCCAUCUUUAUCCUUAUUGUGGUCAUACUGGCUGUGGUCUGUUUUCUCGUCUUUGGCCGCAACAACAGCAAUACAACCAGCACAAGUGCACCCACGCUCAGCCCUACUACUAUCCCAUCUCUUCCUCAAAUUCCCACUGCUGCACCCAGUUUUGCCUCCUUCGAGUCCUACGUCACAUCGUUGUUCCCCAACUAUACACGCUCCGCCAUUCUCCAAGACGCGCGGUCGCCGCAAGCCAAGGCAUUUGAAUGGUUACUGGCAGAUCCUGCAUUACAGAGCUACUCGGAAUGGCGUAUUCGACAACGAUUCGCACUCGCCACAUUCUACCAUGCCACGGGCGGACCAGAUCAUUGGGUCUAUGAUGCCAACUGGCUCAAUUACAAUGUGUCCGAAUGUCAGUGGGCAUCCCGUCCCACGCUGUUUGGAUUUGAAAAUUAUGUGUAUAACAUUACCCAUGCCAGUCCUUGUGGGGAGGAUGGCCAGUACUACCAACACAUGUGGCAAUGGGGUAAUGGCCUGCAAGGGAGUCUACCACCAGAACUCUUUUGGGGACUGACAACACUCCGCAGCAUCAGUCUCGAUGCCAAACUGGAUCCACCCGAACCAGGAAGCGGGAGCAAUGACGAGCGGCCCAUUGCAGGAGUGAUUCCCAGUACCAUUGGACUCGUGUCCGAUUUGGAGAUCUUUUCCAUUCAACGACAGCAAGUAUCAGGCAGGUUCCCCUCUGAAAUAGGCUUGCUGCCGUCCCUAAAGGUGAUGAGAUUAGCAAACAAUGCUUUGACCGGAGAGCUGUUCACGGAACUUGGGACCAUGUCCUCAUUGACAUCCUUGCAACUUAUUCGAAACCGGCUAUCGGGAAGCAUCCCCCAUCAAGUGGGAAGAUUGACUGCCAUGGAGACAUUUCAAUUGUUUGGAAAUCAACUUACGGGAUCCAUUCCAACCACCAUUGCCGGCAUGACGGCAUUGAAAGCCAUGAACUUGGACUGGAACCAACUCGACAGUGGCUUACCGACAGAGAUUGGACUCUUGUCGAGUCUCACCGAGUUGACUCUUUUGAACAAUCAACUCACCGGAUCGAUUCAUGCGUCAUGGGGAGCACUCUCGUCCCUCGAAUUGCUUUUGUUGAAUGGGAAUUCGUUGUCGGGAACAGUGCCACAAGAAAUGUGUAGCCUUUCGGCAUUGGCGGCAUUUCAGAUUGAUUGCCGAACGGUCACGUGCCUCCCAGGGUGUAGUGCCUGUUCCCGGGAUUGUUUGGCCCCAACGGCAGUGCCCGUGGCCAUUGACAUGACCGGCAAGCCGACCUUCGAAAUUGGCACCAAUACACCCACGGCAGUAGCAACCCAAGAACCAACGGCCCCUGUUCCCAUUUCCGCUUCUACGCCCGGGCUUGGGGUCCCGAUGAUACCUCCUCCGGAAACGGCAGCACCAUCUACUACUGGAGGACUUGGUAUCCCGGUUGGUGGUGCUCCUGCACCCUCUCCAGCUCCUGCAGGAGGAGGGCGAGAGGACGUUACUCCAGCGCCAUCAUCCACAAGUGAUCCUGGAGGGAUCGGCAUUGGUAUAGGAGACAUUGUUACGCUCCCUAUUCCGAUUUCGGAAGCGCCAACUUCUGAAGAACUUGAUACUGCAAGGCCAACAGGACCAACUUCUCUUGGUAUUCCCAUUAGUGCUCCCAGACCAACUCCAGCACCCACUCCUCGGGAAGUACCAGGUUCUCUCGGUAUUCCCAUUAGUGCUCCCGGACAAACUCCAGCACCCACUCCUCGGGAAACACUUGGAUUUGUUCCUGCACCUGCUCCCGAUCGGCCGGAUGUACCCACCGUUGCCACGAAUGCCCCAUCCUUCCCUGGAGGCGAUGAGCAAGUCACUCGCGCUCCCACCCGUUUGCCCACAACAAUGGAACCAACCACAGAACCUUUAUUAUUUGACAUUCCGGAACCAACCACAGAACCUUUAUUAUUUGACAUUCCUGACUAUAGUAUGGAAGCUCUCAUCGAUCCGCAAUCCCCACAAUCCAUGGCCUAUAGUUGGUGGGGAGAUACACUGGAUCCAAACCGAUGCGAUGCGGAUGGAAGAAUUGUGGCCCUGUCGAUUGAAUUUAUCUCGGAAUUCGUGGGGACGCAUCUUCCCCCCGAGAUUGGUCUUUUGUCCCGAUUGGAAGAAUUGAGCCUGUACGAGUUGGAAAACUUGGUGGCGGAGCUUUCCGACAUGCUGCCCACGCCAGUGCUAUCCCUGCCAUUGACAACCUUGUUUCUGCAUUCCAAUUUGCUGUUUGGGUCCAUUCCAAGCGACAUCUCUGGUCUGACCAGUCUCUCCAACAUGAACCUGCAUGGCCAACAACUGUCAGGAACGAUCCCAAGUGAGAUGGGUCAAUUGGAGAACCUUCAGUUUUUGGCUCUCUACGACAACCCCUCUAUUACCGGUGUGCUGCCUCCAACGCUAGGUGCCCUUGCCUCGCUGGAGUCCAUAUUGAUUCAUCGCACGCUCAUAACGGGGACUGCCGAGUUCUAG